AUGGCUUUACACGCGGCAGUAAAGGGUAAAUUGAUCAGUGUCAUCGGAGAUGAGGACACAUGUGUUGGCUUCUUAUUGGGUGGGAUUGGUGAAAUCAACAAGAACAGACACCCCAAUUUCAUGGUUGUUGACAAAAAUACCCCAGUAAGCGAAAUCGAAGAUUGCUUCAAGCGGUUCGUCAAGCGCGAUGACAUUGACAUCAUUCUAAUCAACCAGAACGUGGCUGAGUUGAUCCGACAUGUGAUUGACGCUCACUCGGCGCCGGUGCCCGCCGUACUUGAGAUCCCCUCCAAAGACCAUCCUUACGACGCAAGCAAGGAUUCCAUUUUACGUCGGGCCAAGGGCAUGUUCAACCCAGAAGACUUGUCAAUGUUCGGUGCUGAAAACUACGCCAAUUAA